AUGAAUAAAACCCUAAUCCUCGGUUUGAGGCACUAUGUCACAUUAAAUCAUGCAGUUUUUCCAAAGUUUCAUGCUCAUCGGACUACAUUAUCUCCUAUAUGUAGAAAUGAUUCUAAAUUUCCACCGGUUCGUUGCAGCCAGAUACAAUACUCUCUAUUUUCAAAAGAUCCACGCUCUCCUAAAUUCCUCAAAAUUCCUAUCAGCUUGACAACUUUUGCACAGUUUUCUACCGAAUCGAAGAACAAUAUUCCACCAGAUGUGAACGAAAACAAUGAAAAUGACUUGGACAAAAGGAAAUCUAGUCUAGUAAAAAGAUUCAAGGAUGCCUAUGCAAUUUAUGGGAAGGUUGUUCUGGUGACUCAUGGUGUGACUUCAUGUUUGUGGUUUGGACUGUUUUAUUCACUGGCUUGCACCGGGGUCAAUUUGUUGGAUAUUCUUCAAAGUCUCAAUGCGCCUGAUUGGCUAACUAAACCCCUCCAUUUAGGUGGGGGUACUGUGAAUACUCUGGCUACAGCCAUUGUAUUCUACAAACUGAUGGUACCGUUCCGCUACGGUUUAACACUCAUAUUAACCAGGUAUCUAGUACGUUACCUUCGAUUGAAAGGAAAAGCACCACAAGUACAAGAAAAUGAUCGUCUACGAAACUUAGCUAAAGAAGGAGCAGAAAUUUCACGAGAACGACUCAAAGCGCGCAUGGCUAGAAGCAGAAGAAAUGUACUCAUGAAGAGGAAUCAACGAUGA